UAUAUAUAUAUAUAAUGUUUUUAUAAUAAGGAAAUGCUAAAGAUUGGUCCGAUCACAUUUCCAUUGAACAAUCGCAUCCCAUUGGGUUUCGUCUUCUUUCCAAAUUCCGCGGAGAGAAGAAGAGUGAGAGAGUAAUAAUCUGCAACAAUGGCUUCACGCCUCUUCUUUGUUUCUUCUCUUCUUUUGGUACUUUCCUGUGCAGUUGCCGGAUCCGUUUUCGAUGAUUCCAAUCCCAUUCGUAUGGUCUCUGACCGUCUUCGUGAAUUGGAAUUAGAGGUCGUUCGUGUCCUCGGUCAAGUUCCUCACGCUCUCCGAUUCGCUCGAUUCGCUCACCGGUAUGGGAAGAAGUACGAGACGGCGGAGGAGAUGAAACUCCGAUUUGGGAUUUUCUUGGAGAGUUUGGAACUGAUCAAAUCGACUAAUAAACAAGGCCUUUCUUACAAGCUUGGUGUUAAUCAAUUUGCGGAUUGGACGUGGGAAGAGUUCAGAAAACAUAGGCUAGGAGCUGCUCAAAACUGCUCUGCUACCACAAAAGGCAGUCACAAACUUACUGAUACUGCUCUUCCUGAAUCGAAAGACUGGAGGAAAGAUGGCAUAGUUAGCCCUGUUAAAGAUCAAGGCCACUGUGGUUCUUGCUGGACAUUCAGUACAACUGGAGCGCUUGAAGCGGCCUAUGCACAAGCACAUGGAAAGGGUAUCUCCCUGUCCGAGCAGCAGCUUGUGGAUUGUGGACGUGGUUUUAACAACUUUGGCUGCAAUGGUGGACUUCCUUCCCAAGCUUUUGAAUACAUCAAGUACAAUGGUGGCCUUGACACUGAAGAAGCAUAUCCUUACACUGGAGUAGACGGCAGUUGCAAAUUCGUACCGGAGAAUGUUGGAGUACAAGUUAUUGAUUCUGUGAACAUCACUCUUGGCGCUGAAGAUGAAUUGAAACAUGCGGUUGCUUUUGUUCGACCUGUAAGCGUAGCAUUUGAGGUGGUUAGCGGUUUUCGCUUGUAUUCAAAAGGAGUUUACACCAGUAACUCAUGCGGCAGUACACCUAUGGAUGUAAACCACGCUGUGCUUGCAGUUGGUUAUGGGGUUGAAGAUGGUAUCCCAUACUGGCUUAUAAAGAACUCAUGGGGUGGAAAUUGGGGUGACAAUGGCUACUUCAAGAUGGAGAUGGGCAAGAACAUGUGUGGUGUUGCAACAUGUGCUUCAUACCCAAUUGUUGCUUAGAAUACGAGAAUGACAAAGCUUCUUUAAGGUACGAUUAUGGUGGAUAGAAUGAUGUGCAAAUUAUAGUUGCAUAUUCUUGUAGUUGAUCAUUUACUGCAAGAUUGUAAGGUAAUGUACUUGUGGUUGUAAAUUUGCAUAUUGAGGGAUACUUUGGAUAAGUUUUUAUAAUGUACUUUGCUGGUAGCUCUCUUGAGGUUAUGUAAAUUUGUUGACAGCUCCUCUAAUAAUUUCUAUAUUAUUAUGUUCCCCACUGUUUAGAUGUUAGAACCUUUCAAUAAAAUAAUCUUUCUUUUUCCCCCUCAA